AUGAACAAUCUUGGAAAUGGACCUAUGGGCGGCACAUGGCACUCUACUUAUGGAAUAAGUGACCGGCAGAAGGUGAUCCAGAUCCUUUCCACCACCUUGAAGGAAAUUCAAAAUGGACACUAUGAUGAGCAAAAGGCCGCUACUAUGGCGCAAGAGUUUGAAAAGUAUACAUUCAUGAAAUCGGCUUCUCGCGAGGAAUACUUGCGCAUGAUUAAGCAGAAAGUGACACAGUUGCGCAGCGGCUUAAUGAACAAUCCUAACGCCCAAAUGGCUAGUAAUGUUGGACCUCCUCAAAACGAUAUGGGUCUUCAGAAUGGGAAUUUCUACAAUCAGGGAAGACAACAAAUGUCGCCCAUGAGAAACAAUCUUGUACCGCAACAACAACAGCACCAACAACACCAACAGCAGCAGCAACAACAACAGCAGCAACAACAGCAACAACAGCCGCAGCAGAAGCAGCAAUCACAGCCGCAGCAACAGCAACAGCAACAACCAAACCGGCUUCUGCGACUGCAACCGCUGGCAUCUCAGCUGUUGCAGCCCACACAACAACAGAUCCAACAAAUCAGUUUCAUGAUUCGGACGGUGCCAAUUCCGCCUGCAUUAUUAGCUAAAGUGCCCAAUUUGCCUCCUAAUGUGAACACAUGGACACAGAUCUACGACUGCUUCCAGAAGAAAAUCAUCCCUGCUUCAGCCAUGCCGAUUAUCAAAGAGAUACAUAACGCGCAUUUUCAACAUGCAUUACGGCAGCAUCAACAGCAGAAAUUGCUUCAGCUUCAGCGUAUGAAUAACACAGCAGGUAAUGACGGUGUUGGUCAACUAGGAGGGGAGAAUAACCAAUCGCUUGGAUCUGCGGGGAAUUUCAGUGCGUCUAUGAAUAACAUGGGCAACAUGAAUAAUGUUUCCGUCAUGAAUAACAUGGGUAACAUGAACAUGAAUACUGCGAACAACAUGGGAAACAUGACCAACAUGGGAAACAUGAACAACAUGGGCAAUAUUUCCAACGCGGGAAACAUGGCUAAUAUGGGUAACAUGAAUAAUAUGAAUAAUAUGAAGAUGAACAACAUGAACAACUUGGGAGGAAUGAACAACAUGAGUAUGAAAAAUGUUAAUAACUCCAACAAUAUGGCAAACAUGGGCAAUGUUGCAGGAGGUAUGAGCAACAUGGGCAACAUGGCCAUGAAUGAUGUGAACAGACAGAUUCCUCGCAAUGCUAUGGGCGCCCACGGCCCUCAGAUACAACAGCAGAAUGGCUACGUUGGUGUUAAUAAGGCACAAAAUUCACAGAAUCAGCAACAACAGCAGCAGCAACAGCAGCAACAGCCGGCGGGUCGUGUCCAAAUGCCACAAGCUAAACAACAACAGCAAAUUUCAACACCUGCUUCUAAUCAGGCCAUUCCGGUGGGCCAACAGCAGCAGGCUGCUAAGACCCCAAAUAUUCAGAUCACAUCGCAGGAUCUUCUCAAGUACAACUCUGAUGCUAUGGCUUUACUAGGUCGGCUACAAGCUAACGGUUCCAUUUCACCAAAUUUGGAUCAGGCCCAGAAACAGAAUUUUGUCAGAAAGUACAUCUAUCACCAAAAGUUGAGUCUCUGGAAAGCUCAGCAGAAGGCUCUGGCCAUCAAUAACCCCAUGAAUUUACCCCAGUCUCAGCCUGCUCCUCUACAGCAGGCUCAGGUCCCUCCGCUGUCUAUGGGUCAAGGCGGUUUCCCACAAGCGCCAAUUCAAUCCCAACCUCAGCAGCAACAACAGCAACAACAACCACAACAACCCCAACAAUUACAACAACCGCAGGGCCAAAGGAGACCUCGACUGCUGCCGGUGAUGCAGCAGCCUGUACCUGCAAGUGCAAUGAACCAGCAGAUGUACGCUCAGAAUAUGCAACAGAAAUCGGCUCCUGUACAAGCUGCUAAUCCAGUGCCUCAAGUGAGACCAGCUCCACUAGCUUUGGCUGGUGGUAUGCCACCACUUACGGAUGAGAUGAAAAUGAAAUUGAGAUCGCUUUUUGAAGAAGUCUCGCGAAACAAUGUACAGUUGAAGGAUGUAACAAUGUUGUUAUCUGAAAAGGACAAAGCACAAGUGAAAGAAACAAUGGCUCGUAUCUCACAGCAAUAUGCUAAUGUGGAUAGUGUGCUUAGCUAUUUCUACGUUCUUACACGGAACCUAGAAGGAACGAAGAGACUAAUCCAGAUGAAACACAUGACAAAAAGUAUAAUGGAGAAUCUUCAGCGGGGUAUAUAUCUUGCUGGACCUGAUCUUCUUGAAAAAUUGCGCUCUCAGUACCAGCGCUACUUUGAGUAUGUCAAGGAGCAAAUCACGUUGUCAAAACAACAGCAGCAGCAGCAACAACAACAGCAUCCCCCUAAUCGCCCGCAGAAUGAACCAAUACCUCAACGGAUGAAUCAGAUGGGUCCCCAGGGACAUUUUCCUACCAACCCGCCUGGGGUCCAACAUAAUGUUGUCCCUCAUUCGCAACCAGUAUUCAAUGCGCAAGGUGUAAGCGGUCAAAUGGGAAUCCCUCAACUGCAGCAGCAACAACAACAGCAACAGCAGCAUUUUGCGAGAAACUCAGUUAGUGCCCCGAUCCCUCAACAAGAGUGGCAAAAUAAUAGUGGUACCAUGGCCUCGCAGAAUAAUCCUCUUGCUUCUAGUCCCAAUAUGCCUCAAGCGGGGUCACCGUUGCAAGCUCCACCGCAAGCAGUCGGGAAAUCGGGCGCCAAGGUGCCCACCAAGAAGAACAUUGCGGCUGGUAAUCGCCGUCGGUCUACUAAAGGUGCUGGUACCCCAGCAGCAGGAGCUCCUACACCAGCGUCAUUGGCGAAUGCAAUCAAGACUCCUCACAGUAUCUCGACUCCUCAAAUGCCCCCCGCGCAGAGUAACAAAGGUACUCCAAUGGGUGUCUCUCCUAAUCUGGAAGCUAAACUUGCCGCUCAAAAUGAACAGAUGCCUUUUGGUGGUGAAAUGUUCGGUGCCAAUGGUAUGGAUUCAGAUUUGAUGAAGAGGAGAGAACUAUCCAAAACUAAUCCAAAAGAGUUUUUCUUUGCUGCGUUGUCGAACUUACUUGAUAUCAGUGAUGAUGAGCAGGACAAAGGCUCUGGUGGAACGAGUGCCGGUAAUGGAUCAACUACCGAGUUAAAAGCUUUAACGCAAUCUCCACUCUCACCCAGUAACACUGGCCGCUGGAAUUGUGAUGUUAAGCCACAUGCUAUCGCUUCGGCCUUUUGUCAAGUCAAUGUCAUCAAAGAAUGUUCUGGUCCUAGUAUUUUGGAUGAAUGUGCGCGGAUUGUGGAACUUGGUGCAUCGGCGCCCACCAAGAACGGAAUUAAGCGUGAGAGAAAUGAAGAUGAUGAUAUCGAUCUCCUUUUCGAUGAGAAAAAGGUCAAGGUGGAAGAUAGUAACAAUCCUUCUAAGCGGAUGUAUGAGCCGUUGGAGUAUGACGAAUGGGUCACCUGGUUUAAAGGGCUUCAGGAAACACGUGUUUGA